AUCAUUCUCGCUGCGUUUUUCCACCUCCAGUGCUGGCGGCGGCUCGAACGCUAAAAUGGAGGCGGAAAGAUCCGGCGGAGUAGCGGGUGGAACGAACCAGAACUCCGCGGGCAGCGGCGUGGGGCGCAAUCCGAACGGGCCGAAAGCCGUGCUCGGACCAGCAGCAGCGGCCGGGGCGAUGGCAGGAGCCUUGCCGUCUCGGGAAGCGCAGGACGGAGAAGCAGGCCUAUCACUUCCUGGGAUCUUGCAUUUCAUUCAGUACGAAUGGGGACGUUUCCAGGCCGAAAAAUGUCGCUGGGAAGCCGAGAGGGACGAACUCCGGGCACAGGUGGCCUUUCUGCAGGGCGAGAGGAAGGGGCAGGAGAACAUGAAGCAGGAUCUGGUGAGGAGGAUCAAGAUGCUGGAGUACGCCCUCAAACAAGAGAGGACCAAGCACCAGAAGCUGAAGACUGGCAGUGACCAGAGCCCAGGGGAGAAGAAACCAGAGACAGAGGCAGAGCCAGUACCCAAUGGGCCGGCAGAGUCAGACUCGGAGCCAGCCAAUCAGAUGUCGUGGAAGGAGGGACGUCAGCUAUUGCGCAAGUACCUGGAGGAGGUGGGCUACUCAGACACCAUCUUGGACAUGCGCUCCAAGCGCGUGCGCUCACUGCUGGGCCGCAGCAGUCCCGAGGCCAACGGGCCGCCCCUGUCCGAACCCUCCCCAGAACCCGAAACACACGCAGCCUCCGAGUCCCUGCUGGUCAGGCAGAUCGAGGAGCAGAUCAAGAGGAACGCUGGUAAGGAGAGCUCGAAGGAGAGGGUGGGGGGCUCUGUGCUGGAUAAGAUCCCCUUCCUGCACGGCUGUGAGGAUGAUGAUGAGGACGACAGCGACGAGGAAGAUGACUUCCAGGGCAUGGCCACCGACUGCAUCGAUGGGCCCCGCAAGAACAAGAAGACACGGAAGAUGGGUGCGGAGCCCCUGACCCCAGACCUGGACCCUGAGGAUGAGGAUGAUGAAGAUGACUCAGAGGAUGCGCUGAGUGAGUUUGACUUCCUGGGCUCCGGAGAGGAGGGUGAGGGCGCCGGAGAGGCCCGCAUCUCUGGGGACGGACGAGAGCUAGAGAAUCGCAGGAACAAGAUGCAGGGUAUGAUGUCGGAUUUUCCCUCCAAGCCCUCCCCACCCCCCUCUAUCCCUGGCCAGCCUCGACCUGAAGGGGGCGCUCUGGGCUUCUCGUCUGACGUCUUCAUCUUGGAUGCUGUUGGCGGGGGAGACAUGAACUUGGGCGAGCUGGCUGACCUCACCGUUGCCAACGACAAUGACCUCACCAUCGACCUGCAGGACAGCCGUGAGGAGUUUAAGAAGACGUGGAACCCUCGCUUCACGCUGCGGAGCCACUUUGACGCCAUCCGCGCGCUCGACUUCCACCCGAGCGAGGCCGUCAUGCUCACCGCCUCAGAAGACGGAACCCUCAAGCUCUGGAAUCUCAACAAGGCCAUGCACUCCAAGAAAAACGCUGCCCUGGACGUGGAGCCCAUCUAUACCUUCAGAGCUCACAGUGGAGCAGUGCUCUCCUUGGCUAUGGGGGAUGAGGGCGAGUCGUGCUACAGUGGAGGUCUUGACGGAUCCGUUCGCUGCUGGAAGAUUCCGGACCUCAACGUGGACCCCUACGACAACUACGACCCCGGUGUGGAGAGCAGUGUGUUGGCGGGCCAUGAGGACUCGGUGUGGGGUCUGGCCUACUCCUCCUCCCUGAAGCGCCUGGCGUCCUGCUCGGCCGACGGCACCGUGCGGAUCUGGGACCCACACAACUCCAGCCCCUGCCUGUCCGUCUUCAACAAGGAGAAAGAGCACGGCACCCCCACAUCGGUGGCCUUCGUGAACUCUGACCCCUCUCAAGUGGUCGUGUCGUUUGGCGGCGGGAACACUCUGCUGUACGACCUCAACACGGAGCAGAGCAUCAUGUCCCUGGAGACGCAGACCAAGGACGGCAGCGAGCUGAUCAACCGCGUGGUCAGCCACCCUUCUCAGCCCAUUUCCAUCACGGCACACGAGAAUCGCACCAUCCGCUUCCUGGACAACAACACCGGUAAAGUGGUCCACUCAAUGGUCGCCCAUCUGGACGCUGUGACCUGCCUGACCACUGACCCCAAAGGCACUUAUCUGGUCUCUGGAAGCCAUGACUGCUCGGUGCGCCUGUGGAUGCUGGAGAGCCGCACGUGCGUGCAGGAGAUCACGGCUCACCGUAAGAAGCACGACGAGGCCAUCCACGACGUGGCCUUCCACCCCUCGCAGCCACUCAUCGCCAGCGCCGGCGCCGACGCCCUCGCCAAGAUCUUUAUCUGAACACACACACACGCAUGCGUGCCACGCAGCGUCGGACACACAGGGGAGGCAUCCUUACCAAUGGACCAGAUGAGUGGACCACAAGGCUGAAGCAGUCAAACAUAGAACAUGCACACACACCGCGCACACACACACACACACACACACACACACACACACAGAGUGGUUUGGGUGGAUGUAGGAGAGGACAUCAUAUCCUACUUCCCAGUGAAUAUGUUAUUUUUGCAGGCCUAAGUUUCCCAUGAUCCUUUUGUUUUGUUUUGUUUUCCCACAAUGCAGUGCACUGUGGUUGUGACAUACAAUAUUGCUUGUCAUUGGUUCUCAAACUAACAACUCUAGCUACUUCUCAAUGUUUUAGAUGCUUUUGAACCACACACUACCUGACGUUUUUUAUAUGCUUACUUCAUAUCUGGUUGCUGUUCACCUUGCGCAAACACACACGCACAAACACACACAUUCAAGGCUCAGGCUGUUGGCUUGGGCCUUUGCAAAUACUCUUUCUUUUUCUAUUUUCUCUUUUUCUAGUUCCUCUCUUUUCAUAAGGAACAUUAUACAGUCCAGUUUUACAGCAGCAUGCUGUGGACGCAUCCUCACUGCUUUGGUUUUCUCUGACCUUGUCAGUUGGCGUGCGUGCGUGCGUGCGUGCGUGUGUGUGUGUGGUCAAUGCAUGCCCAUUCCAAAGACAUCACAAGGGGAAGACUCUUGUCAGCUGCUCCUUCAUAGACUCUGCUGCACACAAUUGAGCUUUAAUUUCAGCCUCACAUCCCUACACCUAGCCUUAGAGUGUGUGUGUGUGUGUGUGUGUGUGUGUGUGUGUGUGUAAAGAAAUGUCUGUAUGUGAGUGUAUGUUACUUAUCCUCUCACUCACUCAGUAUUGCAUUGCUGGUGCUGAUGUUUUCAACAUCUGAUGUGUGUGUGUGUUAGGUCUAUGCAUAUAGCCCCAUUUUCUACGUCUCUGUAUGUAUAUAAGUACUAACAUUUACAACUGCACAAGAGUGUCAGUGUAUUUUUAACCUUUGCAAAGCAAAACAAUCUCUCAAAUAACGGUUAUGACUAAAGUCCAUUUCAGCCUCAUCAUUAAAAGCCAUGAUCAAUGGCCUCUGUAGACAUACACACACUCACUCACACACACACACACACCGGUCUAUAAGCCUCUGUCUCAACAUCAGAGGUGUGUAACCAUACGCUGUGAGAAGGGAGAGGGCGGUGUUACCCGGUCCCCAUCAUUCCACCAAUAAUAACAACACACACACACACACACACACUAAAUGCACACCAAACGCAUCAAUAUAGACAACAUGAUGACCAAAAUUGUGACAAUAUGAACAGUUCCAAGGUAUCUGGAUACCCAUGUUGAAACAAAACCAUUACAAAAUCCUUACACGCAUUAACAGAAGUGAUAAAAUAGGCCUAUACAGCAGAACAUGGAACUUGACAUUCUUUUUCAAACUGAUAUCAAACAUUGCUUUUUGUUAAAACCUGAUCCAUGCACCAUGCUUAAAGUAUCAGCACUGAUAAAAAAUAGAGUAUCACAGCAUUUUGAAUUUUUAAAGGUAUCACGAUACAUUUCUAUUAUCAGUGCAUCAUGCAACACUAAUGCACACACACAGUCUCUCUCACACACACACACACACACCCCGCAUGCACGCAUGCCUGCUCUCUUUAACUUGUGGUGCUAUAGGACUCCUCUGAGUCAGGGAUCCAGUGCGGGUUAUGCCUCGUGUGUGUGUGUGUGUGGUUUAUAUAAUCUCUCUCCCCAAGCUGGUCCAUCCCGCAGGGGGAGUCACUCACCAACGAGAGAGAGAGAGAGAGAGAGAGAGCUAAAGCUAAAGUGAUGUGCUUUAGGGUGUUUAUUUCUCUUUUUCUUUUCAUUGCUUGUAAAGCCUAUUGGAGGGACUGCCAGUAACCUGUUAUCAUUUCACCACAUCCUCCACUCCCUUCACAGUGGGGGGCACUCGUGUUGGUGACAAGUGACGAGUCCACUUCCAGGGGUCCAAGGGGGCUGGAAAUCACUCCAUCUCCUCUCCUCUCAUCUCGGCCUGGCGGUCAGUUCUGCUGGACGCAGUCGGAUCUAACCGAACCGAGUCGCGCCGCGCUGCUAUAGCGUUGGCUUCUUGGCGCGCUCCUUACUGAAACGCCAGAUAUCUACUGAGGGAGACCAGAAGGUGUGGGGUGUGGGGGGGGGGGGGGCUAAAUGCUAAAUCAUUUCUUUUGUACGGGGUGGUUGGGGGGGGGGGGGGGGGGGGGGUUCACAAAUCUGCUUACAGGGUCUUUUAUCUAUUAGUCCGUUUGGUGCAACCCUCCAGUGUGGAGUUUGUGGCAUUUCUUCUUGAACCGAACGCGUCAACUGAAAUCACUACUGCUUGAUUCGUGCAGAUUUGAGUUGAGAUGCUUGAACAGACCAGGAAACAGUUAGUUACAAGGAAGUGGCAUUGGCUAAUGAGGUAAACAGUGCCAAGAGGGGUGUGGGUGUGUGUGUGUUUGUGUGUGUGUGUGUGUGUGUGUGUGUGUGUGUGUGUGUGUGUGUGUGUGUGUGUGUGUGUGUGUUUCUCUCUCCACAUCCUCCCACUCUGUCCAGUGGGGACAGUAUCCUUUAGGCAUAGGGGCUUGUGGGAAUGAGAAGUCCUCCCUGCCGUUCCCAGAAUGAAUGCUUUGCCAGAGGUCAUAAAACACAGCGAGCUGAGAACAGAAGCACACAAACAUGAGAGAGGGAGAGAGAGAGAGAGAGAGAGAGGGGGAGAGAGAGAGGAAAACGAAGCGGGGACUGCAGCCAGAGCAGUGACAGGAGUUCGCCUGUGGGCUGCUGACCACGGCAGAGCCGGCGGUCCGUUACGGGCAUCCGCUGGCGGCUUUGGUGAUGGCGGUUCCUGGAAUCCCAGCGAGGAAGGGAGGAGAAAAUAGACUGAGGAAAGCGAAGAGAGAGCCUCUUGAGCCCGUCUGCUUCUCCAGGCGCCUCGGACAGCGGUGGCCGAGUUCAGAGGUCGGCGGCUCCUCAGAAGUGGCCGGACCGACCGACCGACCCAAACGGCGGGGUUGGCUUUUUUGGCGGCUGUUUGUAUGCCUGCUCGCGUUCUUUCCGGCUCCGAGACGGUCAGAGCCCCGGAGGCCGUGUCCCCGCGGUGGAAACACGGCGUGACGCCGGGCUGCCAGGCGGAAGACCACGCGGUCAAUCAGUAACCACGUCGCCGCGGCAACCUCUGCUGUGGCCUCUGGUUGGAGGUCACCCUUGGGCCCUCAGAGCCACAGCCGGUGCCUAGAAGGUCGUAAACACUAACCCAUAAAGCCAAACGGCCGCUCACGACACUCUUUCCGUUUCUGUCUUUCCCUUUUUUUUGUGUUUUCCCAUCAGCCAUUUAGGUCGUCUGUGUGAGGCCAGUGGUGGGGAAGCGAGAUCUGUGUGCUUGAUGCCCCCAUUUAGCUGAAGGUGUGGCAGCCACUUUGUGGCGUAUAUAGUGUGAUGAUAACUGCCCUGUGCCCUAGACUGUGGCUGGGUGACCGAGCAACUGGCCGACCGGGCGGCCCUGCCAGCUCUGGCAGAGGUAUUUCCAAUGAGCACACUCUAGGUUAGCUUUGUACGCGCACUACCCAAGCUGACCCCGGUAUCUGAGGUGGGUCCGCUGUGGGGUUGAGUACACUUUAAUGUCCUCCUUUAUCGUAUCUAUGGCGACACUGACACACCUGUCUGGCUACGUCUGGCUACAGUAAUUAAACGGGGGGGGGGGGGGGUGAUAAAACAAACAGUGAAUGGAAACAUAGGCGUGUAUAAACGAGGAAGAAAACAUUCCUUUGUAGUAAGAAGACAAAUCAACAUGUUUUGUGGAGGGAGAAGGAAAAUAAAAUUGAAAUAAAAAAGUGCAAGAAAGAAGAACAAGAUGCUGAAUGAUGAAUUCCUGUCACACAGUGUAAAUGUCAAUCAAUUUCAGCCCUGUUUGUUGCUUUUUCUUUGAUAGAAAUAUUAAUUAUUAUUAUUAUUAUUGCAAUUAUGAAGAUGUAAGAAUACUGUAGUAUCAUAAGUGAAUCAUUCUUUUUCGCUAGGCUUAGAACUUGCUUGUGGUUGAGAAUUGAAAUGUAAAAAACACAUGUUUUUGGGUAAGAAUGUAUAAGAUGAAAACGAGAAAAAAAAAUGGGGGGGUUGAAACGGUUGCAGUCCGCGGCCAAGGUUAAGGACGCUGUUUUUUAUUUGUGUUUUUAGCAAUUUAUCACUGUGUGAUAUUUUGUACAUCAUAUUAAGCUGUAUUCGAGAACAAUAUCCUCUAACUUUCAAGGGAGAGGGGACCUCGCCCUGUGUUUUGGUUUGGUUUGCUUUGGUUUGAACCUCAUUCUAGCCUGUAUCAAACAACGACCCCUUUUCGUCUUCUGUAUGGCAUCUUUUUGAACCGCGUUCUAUCAAACAUAGACAUGACUUCAUCUUCUGCCUUUUCUUUUCUGUAGUCCUUGUUCAUUUCACAGGCCCGGGUCAUCACUGAAAACACAACUAAAACAAAUAAAAGAAACAAUUUUGUACAUAGAAUUUA